CCCGCAAGUUGGCGACAAUGUGGUGUUCUUUAUUCAUUGGUAGGUUGGAAAUGCGGAAUCUGCUCAUUUUAUGUCAGAUGUCAAAGUGUCUUUUCAAAUUUUCUUAUCAAAAAGAUACUCUUUGAAAAACUAGGUGCAUUUUCUAAGGAAUUUUCUAUUUCACCUCCCUUUAAAAUCCUCUAACGAAAACAAACCGUAACACGCAAUAUGGCGUCUAAAGUAACAUUCAAAAUUACUCUUACAUCGGAUCCUAAGCUCCCUUAUAAAGUAUGCGCCCAACUGUAACGAUCGAGAAAUGACGACUUACGAAAGUAUAUCGACAGACAUAACAAAUCUUUUCGCCUCAUUCGAUAAAUACGUUAAUAUGUACGAGACGAACACAUGGUUAAAUAGUGUGAGCAUUGAAGAGUUAAAAAAUGGCUUUAAGCUAGGAAAAUUGAUUGAAGAUAGUGUGCGUAAUCUUCAAUUGAAGCAGUGUACGAACACAUUUUUCUCAGUGUUAAACGCAUGGUGGAAACAGAAAUCACGAACUAAAGUUUACAGUGUAGAUUUCUUUUUAAAAGCCUGUGAUAAUCUGUUGACGAAAUUUUUUCAAAAAAACAUUCCGAUACAAACUUUAGAUAACGCGAUCCGUAUGUACACGUCCUUGUUUCCACGAGAACGGUUUGAAAAGGUGAUCAGUAGAUUAAUACUCAUGUCAGCCUCCCACACCCAAAUUAUCGAUUACACAAUCGCCAACAAAGAUAAUAUUGACAUUCAAUUCCUUCAGUGUCGUCUUCUCUUAACGAAUUGGCUGCAGGAGUGCGAAUGUGGACGAAUAGAGAAUGUUAAAGGAGUUAUUUCGAAUAUGUUUUUAAGCUAUAAAUUACAAUCGACCCUGCCGUUACUCGUAACAAUUUUAACUGUAAAUAUUGAAAAUGAAGCGCCCGUUACAAAUAUCAUUUUAGAAAACUUGUACAUGAAAAUGGAAGAUCGUAGUGUAUUAAGCAAACAGUUUUGGUUAAGCCUGUUUCGGUACGUUGAUAGACAAAGGUUAUCAAAAGUUUGUCUUAGGUACAACGAAUUUUUAAUUAAAUUAUUCGAUUUUAUUAUAUACAUCGGCUGUAUGAUGAAUUAUAUACCGCAUAAUUCCGAAAUGAAGUGGAUGGGUGAUCCCGAAACGUCAAUAUGUCCUAAUUUAAUGUAUGAAGAUUUAGUGAAAGUUGUAAAGUUUUUAUAUCGCGAUCAUUUAGAUUUAGGAAGAUAUAUUGAUUUACGUAUAGCGGAAGCGAAAAAGGGGCUGAAUGUGAAACUUUGGAAUCAACUCAUGUCUGAUAUUGUUGUGUGAGUAAAUGAUUUUCGU